CCAAUAUGUGUAAGUUGUACUCAUUGUAUGACUACAUUGUAUAAACAUCAGAAGUAUUAUGGGACUGGCAUUGUGGACUGUGGCGCAGGUGUUUCACACAGAUGCUGCUUCUGCGCUGACUGCCCACUUAUGGUUCUACUCCCUGUUAAUGACACAGGAAUUGCAGCAGAAGAUGGCCCAGUUGUUUGGACCCCUUCCUCCCAUGCAGGAGAACUAGAUGAAGCUCCUGGCUCUUGGCUUCAGUUGUGGCCAUCUGAAGAAAUGAAGAUAAUAGAUCUCUCUCUGUCUCUUCCUCUUUCUCUGUAAUUCAGCCUUUCAAAUAAAUAAAUAAAGUCUUUUUUAAAUACCAUCAUAUACCUGUAGAGUAUUAUCAGCAUUUCUUUAAAAAGAGAAAAAAGAAAGAAAAACCGAGGAACAUUAGAGUUCUCCUUUAUUCCUUCAUUAUUAGUUAUGGACACAGGAUAGGAAAAGUAGGCUUAAAUGCUUAUAUGCUUAAAACUAAUCUCUAAUUGUUCUGGACUCUCUUAGGAAAUAGUAAUCUUAAGGCAUACAAAAUAAUUUUGUAAGGAGAAAUGAGAAAAUAUUGAAUUCUUGGAGUCAGUGAUUCAGCAGACCAUGAACUUAUGAAAGCACAAAAGUAAAAUGAAUGAAAAUAAACCUGAUAACUCACAGAACCUUGUUUGUGCCUUCUGUCGAAAAAAUGAUGACUGUCCCAAUAAGUACGGAGAAAAGAAAACUAACGAGAAGUGGAAUCUUACUGUACAUUACUACUGUCUGUUGAUGUCAAGUGGAAUUUGGCAGAGAGGAAAAGAAGAAGAAGGAGUUUAUGGUUUUCUAAUAGAGGACAUCAGGAAGGAAAUUAACAGAGCUUCCAAAUUGAAGUGCUGUGUUUGCAAGAAAAAUGGUGCCUCGAUUGGAUGUGUUGCACCUCGGUGUAAACGGAGUUAUCAUUUCCCGUGUGGACUUCAGGAAGAAUGUAUUUUCCAGUUUACUGGCAACUUUGCGUCAUUUUGUUGGAAGCAUCGACCUGUUCAAGUAAUUACAUCUAAUAAGUAUACAGACUCCUUACCAUGCACCAUUUGUUUGGAAUGCAUUGAACCUGUUCCAACUUACAGCAUAUUACGAAGUCCUUGCUGUAAGAAUGCUUGGUUCCAUAGAGACUGUUUACAGGCUCAAGCAAUAAAUGCAGGAGUAUUUUUCUUUAGAUGUACAAUAUGCAAUAAUAAUGACAUCUUUCAGAAAGAGAUGUUGAGAAUGGGAAUUCAUAUUCCAGAAAAAGAUGCAUCUUGGGAAUUAGAAGAUAAUGCUUAUCAAGACCUUCUGCAGCACUAUGAGCGUUGUGAUGUCCGAAGAUGUCGUUGCAAGGAAGGGCGAAACUAUAACGCACCUGAUAGCAAAUGGGAAAUAAAGCGUUGUCAGUGUUGCGGUUCCAGUGGAACACAUUUAGCCUGUUCCUUACUACGAUCAUGGGACCAAAAUUGGGAGUGUUUGGAAUGUAGAAGUAUUAUCUACAAUUCAGGUUUCCAAAAAGCAAAAAAACAUACAUUAUCCAACUCUAAUAAUUUGGCAGUUAGCAACUGUUUGGAGGAAUCAUCACCUAAAUUACCCAGACAGUCACCUGGAGCCCAGAGUAAAGACCUACUUAGGCAAGGCAACAAGUUUAGAAGAGAUAUUUCAACCAUACUCAUAGAGUUAGGAUUCCAAAUUAAGAAAAAAACUAAAAGGUUAUGUAUCAACAAAGGCAAUAUCUGGAAUAGUGCCUUAGAUGAAUUCAGAAAUCAAAAUUUUAAUCCUUUACAAAUAAUUGAAGUUGCUUAUGUUAGUGAAGAUGAUCCUUUUGGAAGAGAGCAUCCUGGGUCAAAGCACGAAUUUCUAAGUCUCUUAAUGCAGCAUCUUGAGAACUCAUCAUUGUUUGAAGGGUCCUUGUCAAAGAACUUGUCUCUAAAUUCUCAAGCUGUGAAAGAGAAUCUUUACUAUGAAGCUGGCAAAAUGCUUGCCAUUUCUUUGGUUCAUGGUGGUCCCUCACCUGGUUUCUUUUCUAAAACCUUGUUUAAUUGCCUUGUUUAUGGACCAGAAAAUACCCAACCAAUUUUAGACGAUGUUUCAGACUUUGAUGUGGCACAAAUUAUAAUCAGGAUAAAUACUGCAACAAAUAUGGCUGACUUAAAUUCAGUAGUAAAUGAAUGUUACAGCUAUUUAGAGCUUAUUGGAUGCCAAAGACUUACAACAACUUUAAAUGAUAAGUAUAUGUUGGCAAAAGACAUACUUGUUUACCAUGUAAUUAAGAGAGUUCAAGCACCCUUUGAAAGUUUUAAACAGGGUCUCAAAACUCUUGGUGUUUUGGAGAAAAUCCAGGCUUACCCAGAAGCGUUCUGUAACAUCCUCUGUAAGAAACCUGAGAAUCUGUCUGCAAAAGUCCUUAGUGAUCUUUUCACAGUUCACACAUUACCUGGAGUGCAAACUUUGGGAUUUUGGAACAGUUACUUACAGACUGUUGAAGAUGGCCAGUCUACAACAACACUGGAAGAUAUUCUUCUUUUUGCAACUGGUUGCAGUUCUAUUCCACCUGCUGGAUUUAAACCCACUCCUUCAAUUGAGUGCCUUCAUAUGGAUUUUCCUAUUGGAAACAAGUGUAACAACUGUUUAGCUCUUCCAAUCACCAGUACAUAUAAAGAAUUUCAAGACAAUAUGGAUUUCGCCAUAAGAAAUACUCUAAGACUAGAAAAGGAAGCAAGUUCUCACUACGUUGAACAUUAAAAAGUUUGAACAGCAAAAUGCUUCUUUAAAAGCUGCUAUUGAUAACUCCUUUCAGAAAUCUAUUAAUCAUCACUUUGAACUAAUCUGUCAGCUUUUUGGCCCAAUAAAAUUUAUGAUAUAAACAUAAAGGAAUGGUUUGGCCAUUUACGGAAAGAAAAAUAUUAGUGUAAAUUUAUGAUAUUUUUCUAUUAAUAUACAAUUUUCAUAAAUCUUUGUACAUACUUUCAGAUUAUUUAGAUUAUUUAGGUGUUGUAUCAUGGUGUAUGUAAGAAAAACUCACUAUUUUUAUCAAGGUAUUAAAUAUACCUAUAGAAUGCCACAAUUUUCUACUUUUAUGCAAUUUGAAAAUUGUUACUUUCAAGCAUUAAAUAGGAAAGCUAACUGUUUAAAUUCUGUUUAUAAAUAAGAGACAUAUAUUCUGAGAUAUGCAUUAUAUGUAUGUUUUUGAAGGAUGGCACUAAAUUGUUGAAAAUUGUUUGAGGUUUCUGAUUUAUAUUGAAAUAUUCCAUACAUUAGAUUAUGCAUAUUAGGAAAUAUUAUAUAAAAGCACACUUGCACAAAUAUUUUGAAAUCUAUGAACAUUCCAUACACUUAAAAACAUUUAUGGCAUAGAUAAAAUGUAGUUGCAAAUACAUAAGAAGUUUUAUUAUUUUUAAAACCAUGGCUUUAAUCACAGAAUUUUUUUUCCUGUACCAUAUGUCAAAUGUGUAUUCAUUUUGGAUAUUUUAAUUCUGUGAUUUGCCAUGUGACUGAUUAUUUGAUGGUUAUUUAUUAUCAGUAUGGUUGUAUCAUAGGUAAGCUUGCACCAUAGCAUUAUGCAGUUGUCUUCCUUGUUCUUGAGAUUUUUAUUACGUAUGCGCAUGGAUGAGUAACAAAUACAAAGAGUAGAAAACACAUUCUAACCUCAUUGCGAAGAGAUUACUAUACUUUCUCUGUGUAUUCUAUAAAGUCUCUAGAUCCUUUAUUUUUUUUAACAAUUAUUAUUUCUGUAGUAGCAGGACAUCCAUCCUGAGUGGCCCCAUAGUCAGUCCCCAUUUCAUACCCUGCAAACACACCCCAAAUCCCCAAUCUCACCAAGUACACAAGAGACAGCUUCAGGUUUUUUCCCACGGAAGUGAAACUUUAUUUUUUGUUUACUAAAUGUAUAAGCAUGUCUGUAUUCUAAUGUUAGCAUUGCUAACGGAUCAUCCUGAAUGUUAAUAUUUAAAAAAAUAAUAAUAAGACAAAUUUGACUACAGGUAAUACAUCUUUCAAUUACCAAAGGAAAACUGAAACAUUUCACUAAUAUGAUCUUGCUACCUCUUGUCUGUUUCAAGUGAUAGACUAACAGAUCUAGAGGAUUAAUUUUUACCUUAACUUGAAGUUUUAAAGAACAAUAAAGAAGGCAUUAUUUUUUACCAGAGUUCAGUUUUGUUGGAUUAUCAAAGGAUUGAUCAUCAAAAAUAACUUUGACCAUGAAAUAUAAACCUGAAGCUCAGCAUAGAGAUUUUAUUCCAAUUAUGUUUAUAAAUUGGAUGUCAAUUUUUUAAGCAACUUGAUUUUUAUAAAAAUUUAAAAGCCAUUAAAUGAACACAACCUAAAAAAAUCAUGCUUAACAUAUAUUUUCUAGUUUGUAGUUUUAGUUUCCCUAGAAUAGUUGAUGUAACAUUCCUUCAUAAAACGAGGAACAUGGGCAAGUCAUGGCAGUAUGCUUGGGAUAGCUACGGUUUAAGACAACAUUUUAGUUCCCCAUUUUAGUGAUAUAAUGGUGUAAAUAUCUGUCUUUGAACUUGAAGCCUAAAUAGUCAUGCUCAAGUGUGUUCUAGUUUGAAGGACAUUCCAUUAAAUUUGUAUAUUAUUAAUCUUUGCAUGGAAAGCAUAUCCGAGAAACUUAGAAUUUAUUUCCUACAGUUACUGUGUCAAAUGAUCGGUGUUAUAAUUUUUUUUGUAGUCAUAACAAUUCUUAUGACAUUGAAUUUAUAAAGGGAUUAUACUAUUAAACCUUUAUAAGUAUGUACAUGUGUCUCUCACUAAAUGCCAUAUAUUUUAAGCUGCUUUACUGUUGUUUUCAAUAUUAAGGAAUACCAUAAUUGACCAAAAAUGCCUCUAUUUUCAAGGUUGUGGAUUUGGUUCAUUUUAGUUGUUUCAAAACAGUUUUUAGUAUGGAAACAUUACAUAAGACCUUGUAUGCAAUUCUCUACUAAUCUUAUUCUUGGUCAUUUAGCUGGUUCUGUAUUUAAGGUACAUAUUCUUAAAAUAUUAAACUAGCGUAUGAUUUUAUAUUUUGCAAUAGCCUUUGGUUAUGAAAAAGGAGGGGUUUUUUUCCUGAAUUAAGAAGAAGUUUUUCAUGUGAUUAUCAGCAU